UUCUUAAAUACAUUUAUUCAUUUCUAAUCUAAACUCCACUACUUGAAUUUCAUAUCGUGCUUUAGAUUUUAAAUGUCCACUAUUGAAACUGAAAUUGGAAUAAAUCAUUCUCACUCCACCUGAUGUCGAUUAGCCUUUCUAUAGGACUACUAUAAAUCCUUUCACAUCACCCACAAACACGAAUUCAUCUUUGCAUCUUGAUUAAAAAAAAGCAAAACUUUAUUUUUGAGAAAAUGUCUAAUGUCGAUGUUGUUGCGAUUUCUGCUGAGGCAAACUAUGUGAGCUUUGAUGGCUUACGUCUUGUUCGUUCCUCCCAACAAGUUGUUGGCCGUUUACUUCGUUUUUGGGAUGCUCGCAAUGUCAAGAACGAUAAUGAAUUUAUGGGAAUAAUCCUUCUCUUACUCGAUGAAAAGUGCUCAGUAAUCAAUGCCUUCAUCCCAUCUGCUUAUGCCAGUCAAUUCCGUCAUGUUUUAGGUGAAGGUGUAAUCUUCAAUGUUGGAGGUUUUGAAGUGGGUCGAUGCCAAAGGCUCUACAAGAUCACUGACCAUCCUUAUGUCAUUCGUUUCUUGCCUGCCACAUCAAUUGAGCGAGAAAAAUUCAUGUUACGAAACUUUGACGACUUGCAAGUUCUUGCUAACACCAACAGUGAACUCCCUGAUGUGGUUGGCCAAAUCUGCUUUGUUCAAGGAUCUAACCUCAAUGAUUCAACUUCCACUCAGCGUUUGGUAGUACGAUACCGGAUGGAUACGUCUGUUAUUGUAUACUUAUCACUAUGGGAUGAUGUUGCUGCUACCUUCCGUGCACAUUUCAGCUCUGGCGAUACCAUGAAUUCUGUCAUGCUGGUUACUACCGUGAACCCAAAGAUGUUUGGAGGUAACCUUUAUCUGAACUCCACAUCUGCAACAAGGUUUUUUUUUGACACCGACAUUCAGCCAAUCAAGCAGUUUUCCAACAGGAUGGGAAUAAAAAGUGAAGAGGCCUUUACACGGGCAGACACAUCAGCUGGAAUACGUAAAAAAAAAUUGGUUUCCAUUCAUGAACUUCAUGAAUUUAUUUCUAAAUCUCAUGAACAGACACAAGAUGCAGAUUUCCUCUGCAAUGCUAAGGUCGUAGGCGUUGUACGAAAGAAUGGCUGGUCUUUUGUGUCAUGUACUGGGUGUAGUCGAAAAUUAGACAAGGUUGGAAAUGCUCUACGCUGCAACAAAUGUGUUUCACCCACUGUCACAGGAGUUGUAAGGUAUCGAGUUGAACUUGCUGUGGAGGACGGUCAUGACCGGGAAACAUUUGUUGUAUUUGAUGAUGAAAUGACUAAGCUCAUCACCAAAAUUGCAGCUACUCUCAUCCUCGAAGAUGGUGAUGGAGGCAACAAAGAUGAAUACCAAGCUGUAUUGAAGACCUGAAUGGCAAGCAAUUUCUUUUCCAAAUCAAAGUGACCCCAUUCAACUUCACUUCUAGCCACAGAACUUUUACAGUUUCUAAACUCAGUGAAACUACAACUGAUGUUGGACAGUCUGUUACUACCAUAGAAGGACCCACAUUCAACGUUAAGGUGGAUAAUUCUGCAAGUUCCAACAUUGUUCAAACUCUCGACAACAAAUUGGACGAAUCAACAAGCUCUAACAUGGGUAUGUCUGAGAGGAAGCGUAAACGUGGACGUGAGUAGGGCUUUGAUAACCAGCAAUCCGUCAUUCCCAAUUUUUUUUAACUUUUCUUCUCUAUCUUAUGCUUAAGAACUCAUGUUUUUCCUAUUUUCAGUUUCGGGCAAUGUUCUUUUUAAAGCACAAUGUUUUUAUCUUUUGUUUUCUAUUAUGAAGGGAAUGAGUACCGGUUAUUAAAACAAUGUCUACUUUUAAUAUAAAUACGGAUGCAACUUCUUUA